UUUUGCUCACUUGACCCGGUGGUUUUGUGAUGUAAUUAGUGAAAUUCUCGUUGUGCUUUUUCAUACCGGAUUUAUCAAUAUGCUCUAAGUUUUUUUUUGCUCAUAAUUUUCACAAAAAGCAACACUGUGAGCUGAUAAUUAAAAUAAUUGGUUGAUGUGCUUUCUAUUGGGAAGAAUGGGGAUAAUAGAUCAAAAGCGAUUUUUGACAACUUUCGUUCUACUCCUCGCAAUAUCCAGCACAAUGGCCGAUCCAGUCCCAGUAUCCAAGAGUUUCUCCAAAUUCGCCAUCCAACUCUAUCAGCAAUGUGUUGCUGAGAAGGGAGGAAAUGUCAUUCUUUCCCCAUUCUCCGUUCAGUCGGCACUCAGUUUAGCCCUCAUGGGGGCCACUGGGGAGACUGCGCGCGAAAUGUCCACCGUCAUGGGAUAUGGAACUCAAGAUAGGAAUGCCAUUGCCGACAAUUUCGCCACUCUGCUCUCUACGUACAAGGAUAGCCCACUCCUGAAGAUCGCCAAUAAGAUUUAUGUCCAAAAUAAAUACCAUGUCAAGGCGCAAUUCAAUGACAUUGCCACGAAGAAAUUCAAUUCUGAGGCUCAAUCACUCAAUUUUGCCCAGAAUGUUGAAUCAGCUAAGACAAUCAAUACAUGGGUUGAGGAUAAGACCAAUGAUAAGAUCAAGGAUCUCAUCCCAGCUGAUGCUCUCAAUGAGGAUACACGAAUGGUCCUCGUCAAUGCGAUCUACUUCAAGGGGCUGUGGGAGAAUAAAUUCAAGCCUGAAGAUACGAAAAAGAUGCCUUUCCAUGUCACAAAGACAUCCGAAGUUGAUGUUGAUAUGAUGUACACCAAAGCGAACUUCAAGUAUGGAAUUCUGGAGGAUUUGAACGCCGUGGCUUUGGAGAUGCCUUACAAAGAUUCCGAUUUGUCAAUGUUGAUCAUUUUGCCAAAUGAGAUUGAUGGUUUACCAGCUCUUGAAGCCGCUCUCGGUAACAAGGAUUUGAGUGAAAUUACCCAGAAUCUCUACAAGACGGAAGUCAUGGUUUACCUUCCGAAAUUCAAGAUUGAAUAUGAGAUUGAGCUGAAGAAUGUCCUCUCCAAGAUGGGAAUGGCACAGAUGUUUAGCAAUGGAGCUGAAUUCAAAGAUUUGCUCGAGGAGGAAGAGCCUCUUAAGGUUUCCAAAGUUAUCCACAAGGCAUUUAUUGAGGUGAAUGAGGAAGGUGCUGAAGCGGCUGCAGCUACUGCUGCUAUAUGGGAUGAAUGUCUGAGUCUGCUUGAAAUUUCAAGUGAAAUCAAAAUUAACCAUCCAUUCAUGUUUGCUGUAAUGAAUGGUUCUUCUGCAUUUUUUGUGGGAUGCCUAAAAAAUCUAUAAAAAAAAUAUUAUAAAUAAAAAUGAUUUAUUAGUUUAUGAUGCUGCGAUGUCUCGCAUGAUUUGGGACAAAAAUAUGUGGGUAAACAUAAAAAUAAUAAGAAUAAUAUUUUCAUUCUGCUAUUUGGGCUAUAUUUCUGACAACAUUAUCAUUGUAUUCAUAAUAAAAACAACCGCACGUAAUGCAAAUUACAGAAUAUGGCAUUUUCUUGUGCUGUAAUUGCAUUUUAUAGAGAAAAUAGACAUUGAACUUGUUCAAAAUGAUUUAUCACUUUCGGAAUAAAAGGAAUUAUUCAAUAAAUGUCAAGACUAUUUCCAUCAUUUUAUGGGACGAUUUUAAUCAACAAAUAAAAGAGUCUAAUAAAUUUACUUUGCAAUAUUUUUAAAUAUUGCUUUACAACAAACGGAAAUUUAUAAAGCUUCAACUUUUUUAAACAACUUAUAACUGAAUCUUGGUGAAAAAUUGAUGAAUUUUCCAAACUUUGAAAGUUUGGAAAGUUUGAAAUAAAACCAGAACAUUUUAGUUUCAAUUUUUUUUUAGUAAAAACACUCUCCUCGAAGAAAUUCUGCUUUUGCUUCUGGCAAAUUUACUUUGUCUUUCCAAAAGAGAAAUUUUUAAAUUACUUUUGAAAUUCUAAGAAAAAUUCACAUUUCACAACCUUUGUAGAAAACUCAAAGUCUUCAAAUCAAAUUUUUCUCUUGAAUGAGUCCAUAACUAACUUACAAUAAGAUAUUCUUCUAUAUUGUUUCUUCACAUCUACCCCAUCUUCCCCUAAUACUUAUUUCAAAAUGAAUCAAUUUUUAAUCGUUUAUUAAAUUUAUUCUUUUGUGAAUAUAAUAAAACAAUUAUUUCAUAAUUUAAAUUCCCAGCAAGGGACUACAUAAUAUAAAGGAAGAUAUCGAUUUGUCUACCUAUUCAUUUUUCUAUUUUCACAGCUGUAUUGGUAGUGAGGAAAACUGCUCGUGUUAGGCAUGUUGAUACUUUUAAAGCUGAUCAUUCAUUCUUCUAUGUAAUUAAAAAUGCCGAGGAAAAAAUGCUUUUCAGUGGAAGAGUUCACAAUUUUUAAAAUCUAUCAGUUAAAUACAAAUUUUUGUUAUUUCUUUUAAAGAAAAUACUCUAUUAUCUACUUCAUAAAGUCGUGUUCGUACAAUAAAAUUUAUUCAAAUUGACAAAAAAGUGUUUAAUUUAAUUUGAUGGAACUUUUUGCAUAAAAUUCAAAGUUAUUAAUACAUUCAUUUCGACUUUAAUUAAUUAACAAUAUUGUUUCAUAAUGAAAUUGAAUUAACAUAAAUAAUCAUAUAAAAUGAAAAUUGCCUCGGAAAUUAAUUUGGGAAUGAAUAAAAAAUGUUUCAGGCGUCAUCUUUGUCCCGGGAUCUGCGCCGAUGCCACAAGAAAUAGAAUUCCUUGUAGACCAUCCAUUUUAUUUUGUUAUCCUUAAGGAUCCACAGAACAUCGUUUUUAGUGGACGUAUCUCAAAAUUCUAAAUUUUCGAUUAUUAUUGUCUUUCAAUGUGCAGUAGGUAAUUUUUCAAUGCAACGAAUACCUUUUGAGUCGUUUUUUACGUGAAAAAUAUCUAAUUAUUACUUUUAGGACUCUUGAUGGUGGAUUCAUUGGCAACUUAUUCUAAUCCAGACAAAUUUUUGGCCGAUCAUCCAUUUUUCAUUGAAAUUUUGGAAAAGAAAAAUAUUAUCUUUGCUGGGUCGUUAAAGAAAUUGUAAAAAAUAUCAUAAGGAGGAGCUUUAUGUAUGUACUGCUUACCUCAAAUUAUUUUAAAAACUACCUCAUUUGUUUCUUAAAUAAAACAAGAACGUUAAGAAACUAUAUUAUAAUGAGCACUAACUAAAAUGAUAAUGGCUUGAGGGAUGUUAAAUAUUUCAUAUUGUUGCUCAUACUGUCCGAAUUUUCUUUUAAAUUUUUUUUCAUUAUAAAUGAUAUAUUUUUGGGAAUAUAUUUUCUACAAUACCUACCUAUAAUUUUUUCAGCUGUUAUUUUCAUGUUCGGUUCUUCACCAUAUCCUAGGCAAUAUCCUAAAUUCUUCGUUGAUCGUCCAUUUUACUUUGCCAUUCUUCAAGAUUCACAUUAUACCAUCUUUAAUGGACAAGUUCAGAAAUUCUAAAUUUAAAAAAAAAAUGUGACAAAAUUGUGCAUCAAUUAAUAAUCUAAUGAAUUUAUAAUCCAUAUUUAGUUGUUUAGUGUAAAAAGUGUGAGCAAUAAAACAAGUUUUUAAUUGGCAA